AGUUUUUUCGGUCGUUUGCUGGUGUGUAUGUACACCGAAGUCUUCACCUCGAGAAGUCCUUCUUUCCAUACGAAGCGAUUUCCUUUCUUUGUCUUCCACAUCGUCGGAAUACCGUGGUGGACGCUCUCUGCACUCACUCGCUUUUUCCACCUCUGUCGGCGGUCGCCUUCCGAGUCCUCGGAGAGCAAAUACUUUUCCCGUUCUCUUCUACCUCUUCGGUUCGCUUUUUUCUGGACAUGUCCUUCGGAGUCGAAUCAAGGGGACAGACACAGAGAACUCCGUUUUCUAUCAUUUCUCUGUGACGCGUUCUGCCCUUUGCUGCUCGUCUUUGCCUUCCUGUCUCCACGCGCCUACACACAGCAAGCCACGUACAAACAGAAGUGAAUCGGCACUCGGUUUCCCCGUUUCUGUCAUUAUCCCCUUUGUCGUUGAAAACGUGAGACGAUUCGUUCUCGCGUCCUCUUGGUUUUCGUUCUCCGCAACUCUUCUCGACGCACCAAAAACCGGUGUACGUACACUUCGGCAGACAGAUCCGACGUCCGGUAUUCGAUACUGUUUGCAUCCUUUCCCUCGUUUUCGGGUUUGUUGCUCUUGAAUCUCCUUUCUCUUCGUGGAAGUUCCGCUCUUCUGUCGUCCGUGGCAACGCUGACGAGGACAUCUUUCCCCCUCUGCGACAUCUCGAUUAUCCACUCUCAUUCGUCUCAGUCGAGAGAGUUCGACCUCAGGUUUUUGACAGACCUUCGCAAAAAUGGCAGGCCGUAGCACCCAGGCGAUGUACGAUCGCCACAUCACCAUUUUCUCGCCGGACGGGAACUUGUACCAAGUCGAGUACGCGAUGAAGGCAGUGCGCAACUGCAACUUGACUUGCGUCGCGAUCAAGGGCGACGACAGCGCAUGCCUGGUUGUUCAGAAGAAGGUCGCCGCGCACCAGUUGACUCAAGACAAACACCUCGACAGCUCCUUCGUCUCUUCUCUUUACACUCUCUCCCCGACCAUCGGCAGCUGUCUCGUGGGAGUUUUCCCUGACUGCCGCAGCAUUGCCUUUCGCGCGCGACAGGAAGCAGGAGAGUUCGCUUACAAGAACGGCUACGACAUGCCGGUCUACGCCCUCGCGAAGCGGAUCGCGGACAUCAAUCAGGUGUACACACAGUUCGCCUACAUGCGUCUCCAUGCAUGCACUGGCAUUAUGAUAUCCUACGACGAAGAAGCUGGUCCGUCCAUCUACAAAUUCGACCCUGCAGGUUUCUUUGCGGGCUACAAGGCGUGCGCAUCGGGGACGAAAGAGCAGGAGGCGACAAACAUUCUGGAGAAGAUGGUGAAGAAGCGCUCUCGCACAACCCCGAAAGAGGUGAUUGAAUGCGCCAUUUCGGCGAUGCAGCACGUCCUCGCCAUGGAUUUCAAGGCCUCCGACAUCGAAGUCGGUGUUGUCACGAAAGACCAACCUGCCUUCAGGAUCUUGUCGGAGCACGAAGUCGAGGACCACUUGACGUCAAUCGCUGAGAGGGAGUAGUGGAUCUCACACUUCUGCUAGCCUCUCCUCUGGAAAAUAUCAUCUGUCACGCUUGUGGCGGGUUCGUCGCGUUCUCGUGUGUUUCCCACGGCACAUGCCUGUAGGGGUUUUGUGUGUAUAGGAUCAAUGGAUGGUUGGCUGUGACUGUUCCUACCCUUCGGACACGUAUACAGAUGUAUGUGUGUCCACGAGGGAGGUAUACACAAGCAUCUUGUAAUGCAUGUGAGUUUUUAGAGUCUUGUUCCAGAUUCGGGACACGAGUGAAGAGUUUGUGUUCAAAAUACUAGAACUUCUACGGAGGAACAGAAACCAAACGUCUGAAAAAGGAGACGAAGGAGAAGAAAAGGAAGUCCAUCGCGGCUUGGUUUUUCCAGGUCAACGGAGGAAAAAGGAAAGAACACAAGUCCCGGAGUCGAGCCGCAGUUUAGAAGCAGCGGCAGUGUAUCUUGUGUUUUGAUUCCCGUUGAGAGUUUCUUUCAUUUCCUUCUCGCGUCUGUCGAACCAAGAGUAGCCGGCAAUAUCUUGCCGUUCUAGCGCACAAAAAAAU